GUCAGCUCUCAGCUCUGCCCCCUCUCCCCUCAAUCGUCUCUGUCAUCAUCGCUGGUUGGGUUGGCGGCCUUGCCCCGCUAUAACAACACCGCGACGGGUUCAUCACUCAACAACUAAUUACUACUUUGACAACAUCUUUGAGGUUCUGCUUUGACGACGAUUAGAAUUGAGAUUCUUGCUUGAGAUACUAUUUACACUUCAUUACAGCGUGGUAGUAGAUAGAUAGGCUUACGAUUCGCUCUCGAUACGAACGACACACUACCCGACCCAACUCAAUCAAUCAACCCCUCAUAUCCAUCUCCAGCCCAACACCACAACAACCACAACCACAGCAAUCAUGUCCUCCACCCGCCCCAAGCCCAACAACCUCUCCCUCUCCGCCACCCCCGCGCAGCCCUCCGCCAGCGCGACAAUCACCCACGACAACGGGCGCGUGACGGCCACGCUGCCGACGGGCGAGAGCGUCGAGGUGCUGCUGUAUGGCGCGACGGUGGUGAGCUGGAAGGAUAAGGGAGAGGAGAAGCUGUGGGUUAGCGAGGCGGCGGAUUUGAGUGGUGGGUCGGCGGUGAGGGGGGGAGUGCCGUUGGUGUUUCCUGUCUUCGGCAAACCCACCGACCACCCCGCCACCUCCGCGCUCCCCCAACACGGCUUCGCGCGCACCUCUCGCUGGGAGUUCCUCGGCAAGUCCACCACCGAAUCCGACGGCAAAGGCGGCGACGGCGGUGUGAAGCUCGAUUUCGGGCUCGGGCCCGAGAACCUGAGUGCCGAGGCAAGGGAGGCGUGGAAGGGGGAGUUUGGGCUGAUUUACUCGGUUGCGCUGACGAGGGGGGCGUUGCGGACGAGUAUGUUGGUUAGGAAUGAUGGGGGGGAGGCGUGGGAGUUUCAGGUGCUGAUGCAUACUUAUUUGAGGGUUAAGGAUAUCACCACGACCACAGUUGAGGGCCUAGCAGGCGCGCCAUACCACGACAAAGUCACCGCCUCCGCCGCCACCGCCCCAACUUCCCCCAGCACCCUCUCCAUCACCGGCGAGACGGACCGCGUCUACACCCCCGCCACCGUCGACACCGCGCUAACGGUCUCCGCGAACGGCACCCCAGCUUUCGAGGUCGUGCGCGAGAACUUCGAGAACGUGGUUGUCUGGAACCCGUGGGAGGAGAAGGCGAAGGGGAUUAAGGAUUUCGCGCCCAAGGAUGGGUGGAAGGAGAUGAUUUGCGUGGAGGCGGGGCAGGUGGCGGGGUGGACGAAGUUGGAGGGUGGGGAUGCGUGGGAGGGGGGGAAUUGA